ACAGAGACGACGACGACGACGUGCGUUCGACUUAUCAUCAUCAUCGCUUAAAACACGAUCAUGGCGAUUUCUUAAUUUUCUUUUUCCUUUUCCUAUUCUAUAUUUUUUUUUCCCCGGGAAAAGGGAAGAGGGAGGGAGAGAGAGAGAGAGAGAGAGAGAGGAAGAAAAAAAAAAAAACAGAGUUUCUCCCUCCAUUAACGUAAUCAGCUUCGCAUUUUUCUCAUCUCUCUCUCCACUUUUAUUUCAAUUGAAGGUCCUGUAACUUUAUAAACCCUAGUUUUUUUAUUUUCAUUCAUUAUUCGAUUCAAUUGUUUCUGGGAAUUUUUUUUUAUUUUUUUCACAUAUUUAGGAUUUUGGAGACUUGAGAUUAUUGGGUUCUUCGUGAAUUGAGAUAAUCUCAUACAAAAAUCGAAACUUUUUGGUGUUUUAUCAAUCAAUUUUGAGAAUUUGAUUGCAAAAAUUAGUAAGAUUAAAAAAAUGUCAGACUUAGACGAUUCGCCGAGUUUAUCACCACCGGCACCACCAGCUGAUAACGCUCCUCCGCCGGAUACUUCACCAGGAAACUCUGCUCCUCCACCUGAUGAUUCCUCUCCACCUAGCCCACCGGCUGAUUCAUCACCGCCUCCUCCGUCAGAACCAUCACCUCCUCCUCCCGAUUCAGAGCUUCCUCCUUUACCUUCAAUUCUACCUCCGGUAACAGCUUCUCCACCUCCACCUUCUGAUUCUUCUCCACCGUCUGAUUCAACCCCUUCUCCGCCGCCCCCUUCUCCUCCUGCGGAUUCAGAAACACCACCGGCUCCUCCAAAUGAAUCAAAUAACAACAACCCUCCUCCGUCGUCUCCGGACGUUCAAUCGCCACCUCCUUCGUCAUCUUCGCCGAAUGUAGAUCCCACAAGGCCGGAAUCGCCACCGUCACAAUCUCCUCCGGCUCCACCAUCAUCAGAUCCUACCAAUUCACCUCCAGCUCCACCAUUAGACCCUACCAAACCUCCCCCAAUUCAACCAUCAGGACCAGCCAAUUCUCCUCCGGCUAAUCCCAACUCGCCGCCUAGCCCAUUCGUCACUACUGCACCACCCAAAACUGCUUCCGAUGGACCUAUUGCGUCUCCAUCUCUCAAUGCUCCCAGCAAAGGAACACCUUCCUCAAACCAAGGCAGUGGAGACGACGGCUAUCAAGGGAAGACUGUGGUCGGUAUGGCUGUGGCCGGUUUCGCCAUCUUGGCCCUAAUAGCCCUUGUGUUCUUAGUGAGAAGAAAGAAGAAGAGAAAGUCUGAUAGCUAUAAUAACUCUCAGUACAUGCCACAUCCCAAUUUCUCUGUUAAAUCAGAUGGAUUCUUGUAUGGUCAAGAUCCUGGUAAAGGAUACUCUUCUGGUCAUGGUGGUUCAAUGUACAAUUCACAGCAACAACAACAAUCCUCUAUGGGAAACAGCUUCGGCGCACCUGGUGGUUAUCCUCAUCAUCAAAUGCAAUCCGGUGGCACACCUGACUCUGCGAUCCUCGGAACUGGCCAGACUCAUUUCAGUUACGAAGAGCUUGCGUCGAUAACUCAAGGCUUUUCUCGUCAAAAGAUUCUUGGAGAAGGUGGGUUUGGAUGUGUCUAUAAAGGUACAUUACAGGAUGGUAAAGUUGUCGCAGUUAAGCAGCUUAAAGCUGGAAGUGGACAAGGUGACCGUGAGUUUAAGGCAGAGGUUGAGAUUAUUAGCCGCGUUCAUCAUCGUCAUUUGGUCUCUCUGGUUGGUUACUGCAUUUCUGACCAGCAUAGAUUGCUUAUCUAUGAGUAUGUUUCUAAUCAAACGUUAGAGCAUCAUUUGCACGGAAAGGGAAUGCCGGUUUUAGAGUGGUCUAAGAGAGUCCGGAUCGCUAUAGGAUCAGCCAAAGGGUUGGCAUAUCUACACGAAGACUGUCAUCCAAAGAUCAUUCACAGAGACAUAAAGUCUGCAAACAUUCUGCUGGACGAUGAAUAUGAAGCUCAGGUUGCUGAUUUUGGGCUUGCUAGACUCAAUGAUACAACCCAAACUCACGUAUCAACUCGUGUUAUGGGGACCUUUGGGUAUCUAGCACCAGAAUAUGCAUCUAGUGGAAAGUUGACUGAUAGAUCCGAUGUUUUCUCGUUUGGGGUUGUUCUCUUAGAGCUUGUAACCGGACGGAAACCAGUUGACCAAAGUCAGCCUCUAGGAGAAGAGAGUUUGGUCGAAUGGGCACGCCCACUGCUUCUCAAAGCCAUUGAGACCGGAGAUUUCAGCGAACUGGUUGAUAGACGGCUUGAAAAGCAUUAUGUGGAGCAUGAAGUCUUCAGAAUGAUCGAGACAGCCGCUGCAUGUGUUAGACAUUCUGGUCCAAAACGUCCACGCAUGGUUCAGGUUGUGAGAGCAUUGGACUGUGAUGGAGACUCAGGAGAUAUUAGCAACGGAAUCAAAGUUGGGCAAAGCACAACUUAUGACUCAGGGCAAUACAAUGAAGACAUCAUGAAAUUCAGAAAAAUGGCGUUUGGUUUUGAUAACAACACAGAGUCAGGAUUAUACAGUGGAGACUACUCUGCCAAAAGCUCUACUGAUUUCUCAGGGAAUGAAUCUGAGACUCGGCCUUUCAAUAAUCGACGGUUCUGAUCAUACAAUAGGUGAAAGUAAACACAUACAUCUGCCUCCUUCUUGAGCUCUGUAAAGCCAUUCUUUACGUAUAUUGUGUGAGAUGCUUUUCUUGGUAGGUGCCUUUAGUUUUUUGUUCUCUAAUGACUAAAUUCCUCAGAAAAAGAAAAAAAAAAAUAGAACCCAGAUAAGUUGUAUCUUGUUUUACUUUUUCUCCGUUCUGUGUUACUAAUUUUUGUUUGGAGUAAAGAGGAUAGUGAAGAACUCUGUAUUCUGAUAAAAAGGUUCUUCCAUAAAUUUGUUGAUUC